AUGACCGUACUUCUCUCCAAGGCCGAAAAAUCCUACAUUCAAGCGUCCCUUCAAGCAGACCCAUCCCUGCGCGGGGAUGGCCGUGGUUUGCUCGACUUCCGGGCGCUCGCGCUCGAGACGGGCGUGUCGCCCUUGACGAACGGAUCUGCGCGCGUGAGGAUAGGCACCGGCGACGGCGGGACUGAGGUGCUAGCAGCGGUGAAGCUGGAGGUGGAAGACGUGGGCAAAGAUGACGGCGUCGACGGCGGCAGGCUGAAUUGUUCCGUUACGUGCCUGCCCUCGGCCUACCCCCACCUUGCCCCGACCGCGCUGGACGAGCUCUCCGCCGACCUCAGCGCCCUCCUCCACACCACGCUCGCGCACCCCUCCCUCCUUCCUUCUAACCUCACUAUCAUCCCGAACAAAAAAUCUUGGGUCGCUCACCUCGACUGCGUCCUCCGGAGCGACGGCGGCAACGCGCUCGACGCGCUCUUCGUCGCUGCCCGUGCCGCGCUGUGGGACACGAAGGUGCCGCGGACGCGGAGCGUAGAGUACAAAGCCCACGGACGUGGUGCGGGCGCGGGAGCGGCCAAGGGAGAUGAUACGGCAGCGAUGGACGUGGAAGGUGCGGCAGCGGGAGAGAACGAGGACGCGAGCGGGUUCGACACCCGCCAGAUCUUGCGCGCGACGGAUUUCGAGCUGCCGGACUACUGGGACGAGGGCGAGCCGCUCGGGAACCGCGAACGGUGGCCCGUCUGCGUCACGCUCAACGUCCUCCCGCCGCUAUACUAUCUCGACGCGACCGCGCCCGAGGAGGUGUCCACCCCGCUUCGCCUCGUGCUCCUCUUCUCCUUCCCCGCGACGCCGGCCGAGCCCGUGUUGCAGGGUAUGCGCCUCCUCGGCGCCGGCGAAACGGAUCUCAGCCUUAUCUCAAAACUCAUCUCUGAGGGACGGAAACACGCGCAAGAGCUGCAUGCGGCGCUCGAGGUGAAGCUUCGAGACGAAGACUUAAGGCGGAAUGAGAAAGCGCGGCUACGGUUCUCGACUAGAUGA